UGCAUUUCGGGUUUUAAUAUGGUAUUGUCUGAUGCGUUUGACAGGCUGGCGGUCCAAGCUGAAAAAGGUCUGUGGGUGUCUAAUAGUCAAAGAUGCCUUUAUGAAGCUUUAGAAAGACCAGAUAUGGUUUGCCUUCAAUUAAGAAAAAGGUGGAAUAUAAAGAUAUUUGUACUUAUAUAAAUAUAUUCCUUUUUUUCUUCUCCUCCUCCUCCUCUGCCUUGAACUUUAUUCUUCUUCUUUUUUUUUUAACUCUCCUUUUAGAGUUAAAGACUGGAGCUAAGAAAAGGGGAGCAAUAGACAGAUGAAGUGUUCCCGGAUUGCUGCCCCACGCUCUUUGUAAUAAAGGAAAACUUGGCCAAAGGUCAAUGCUUAGGGUAGUAGAAGAUACGUAGUGGCUUGGCUUCUUGACUGGAAACUAGGACGGGUAGAGUAGCUGAGAGAAGUGGGCCCCAGAGCAAACUGGUUGCGGGUAGGGGGAGCCAGCUUCAGCCCGGUAAUGAAGCCCAUUUUCAGCCUCAUUCCUUUCCCAUGGCGGAGGCAGCCUUCCUUCCCCAGGCCUGGCUGGAGGUGGAGGCAGGCCCAAAGUUAAGGGGUCAGCUCGCGCACCUAGGGCCGGGAGACAGACAAAUUCUGGCGGAAAGUUGGCAGCCACGGUCCCCCUCCCCUGCUUUUCUCCUCAACUCUCCACCCCCACUCCGGGUGAUACGGCGGAGGUGGGGGGUUGGGGGAACUGGCCUUGUGUUUUGGAACAGCUGCAGCCGGCGCUGGGCCCGCCUGGAAUGCGGGAACAGGCUGCGCACCAGGACUUUUAUGGAAACUUGCUGCUGGAGACGGCGGCGGCGGCGGCGGCGGCGGCGGCGGCGGCGGCGGCGGCGGCGGCGGCGGCGGCGGCGGCGGCGGCGGCGGCGGCGGCGGCGGCAGCCAGAGGACUCCCAGCGGCUGGAGCAGAAGUGUUAGCGGCCAGAGCGCCCAGACCCCUACCCACAGCCAGGCGGGACGCGCACAGUCCCUCCACGCGGAAAGAAGGACCUUCGCCGGUCACCGGCUCCUGGAGGGAAAUGCAAAUAAAAAUGACAAUGAAAUACCACUCCACAUCUAUUAGAAUGGCCAAAAUUCAGAACACUGACAACAUCAAAUGCUGGUGA